GCGAGCAUGCUAGGAGGCCCGUUACCUGCAACACUUUGGGGUCUUAGUGUGUUUAUUUCGACCGUGUUACACUAUGAGAACGAUUAAAUAGGCUUUAUUUGUCCUGAAAAAAGAUUGGGUAAAUAAUGGCGGCUGAGGUGGAUGGAGGCAGUGAGUUUCCAGCCCAUUAUAAAGUCAUGAUGGACAAACUUAACGAACAACGACAGUUGGACCAGUUCACCGACAUUACCUUGAUUGUGGAUGGACACCAGUUCAGAGCCCAUAAAGCAGUGUUGGCAGCAUGCAGUCAGUUUUUCCACAAGUUCUUCCAGGAUUUUACCCAAGAGCCACUGGUGGAGAUCGAAGGAGUGAGUAACAUGGCCUUUCGCCAGUUGAUGGAGUUCACAUACACAGCUACACUAGCUAUAGCUGGAGAAGAAGAGGCGUACGAUGUUUGGAAGGCUGCUGAAUACCUCCAGAUGCAGGAAGCCAUCAAGGCACUCAACAAUAAGAUAAAUGAGAAUCCCUCACUGGCAACGAAGAACAAAGGUAAAAAGAGGAAGAUUGCUGAGACAUCUAAUGUGAUUACAGAAACCUUACCUUCAGUGGAUGGGGAACAGGUGGAGAUUGAGGUGAUAGGGGAAGGUGCCAUCGAAGUGGAGGAGUCAGGUCUGGAGGAGGUGGUUGAUGCAGCAAAGAAUGCCCAGGCUGCAUCAGAUGACUCUGCUUUGGCUCUGCUUGCUGACAUAACCAGCAAGUAUCAGCAAGGGGAACCUGCGCUACAUGUCAUCAAGAAGGGAGGAAUAGAAGAGCAGGAGGUCGUGUAUCAGGAAGAAACAGUGACUGCCUCCAAAGUGCUUGAGAAUGUGGAAGUCGUAGAGGUCCAAAUUUCCCAAGUGGACAAUGUAUUCCGCUGCAGCAAGUGUGACCGCAGCUUCAAGUUGUACUACCACCUCAAACAGCACUUGAAAACACACCUGGGAAUGCUGGAAAAGCCCCAUGUGUGCAACCACUGUGGCAAAGCCUACACGCGGGAGGGUGCCUUGAAGCAGCAUAUCAGCACGUUUCAUUAUGAUGCUGAGGAGCUGUCUCGAAACCAGAAACCUCAAAAGAAGGUGCAUGUUUGUGAAUACUGUAAGAAGCACUUUGACCACUUUGGCCACUUUAAAGAGCACCUGCGGAAGCACACUGGGGAAAAGCCUUAUGAGUGUCCAGAUUGCCAUGAGCGUUUCGCAAGAAACAGCACAUUGAAGUGCCAUAUGGCAGCCUGUCAGAAUGGGGCAGGAGCCAAGAAAGGACGCAAAAAGCUCUAUGAAUGCCAGGUCUGCAGCAGUGUAUUCAACAGCUGGGACCAGUUCAAAGACCACCUAGUGAGCCACACAGGGGUCAAGCCCAAUCACUGCACCAUGUGUGACUUGUGGUUCACCCACACCAAAGACCUGAAGGCCCAUCUCAAAGAUGUUCAUUCCAUCGAAGAGCUGGUCAUCACCGACUCUGCUGCCACCGCGGCCCUCACCAUAGCAACACAGAACAUAGAGGGAACAGAAACGGUGCUGUUGGACGAUGGAAUCCAGGUGGAACAUGUCACAGUGGAACCUGUAGAUGUCAUGGAGAUGGGAGAAACCACAACGGUUGUGGUGGAGGACGGAGGGGUGGCUGAGAUGUGUGAGGAGGAUGUGGAGAGGUUAAAGCAGGCCGGCUUGCAGAUUCAAGUGGUGCACGUUACAACAACUGAAGUUGACGGGCAGCAGGUGGUGAACUCUCAGGUGGAGGUAGAGGUGGAGGGUGAGACGGUGAACGUCGAGGAAGCAGAACAAACAGUAACUGUAUGAAAAUAUGAAAAUGACCCACAGGACAACUUCAGAAUGGCUGCAGUGUCCUGUAGCUGACAACUUGUUUUUAUUACAGACACCUGCAUGUGGGACAUAGCAUGUCGCCUCAAAUCCUGCUGUCUGCCAUCACAUUGAAUAACUUUGGUCCCACCAGCCUCCCUCUAUGAACUCUGAGAUAUGGACAGAGAUAUAUAUUUUUUGCUAAUGAUGCUUAUUUAUUUUAAAGCUCUUUGCCAUCAUAUCACACAUUUCAGAUGACUCUUCAGUGCUUCAAUCCAAUUUCAUAUUUGUUUUUUUGUUCUAUGAUCUUUUUAAUUUGGGUCACUUGCCAAGACAAUUUGAAUGAAAGAAUGACAUGUUCAUGUUGUAACUUGUGUAUCAGCUGAUGAAUUGUGCUGAUUUCCCUCAGUGCUAAUGCUACAGUUUUGUGCAAGCUUAUUUUUCAUAUGGAGAUUUGGUGUGUUGUUUUUUUUUAGA